GUCUAGAAGGUUUGAGAUGCUGAAGUAGCCUUAAACAGUACCUUUCUCAAUGACCUCAAAGAUACCUGGCUACAGAAGGCAUCCGAGUGAUGAAUAGCGAGUAAAAUAGUUUGCGCUUUACAUUUGAUGUCCCGAGAACUGAUUAUAAAUUUGUCUAAACCUUUGGUUUUGUGUCAUGCAAUAUGCCAUAAUUGUACUUUGACUGAUCUGAUGUCACGCCGGCGCGUAGCGGGUUAGCGUUUGUUCAUGGCCACCGAGCACCCAACCAAGGGACAAUUUAGUAUAACGAAUACAGAAAAAUUAGGAAAUUUGAGUCAUGAUCGCGAUCAAUCUACAACCGAUUCUCACCUAAAACUAAAUGGUUGCCUCGUUAAUAAGGACAACCCAUGGGUUCGAGCCCCAUGUUCAUCUGGUGAUGGUUCUGACUCUACUACAUCUCAUGAAGGUGUUUGUAGCAAAGAUCGAGAUUGGCCAACUCUUCAAAGUGCUCUAUCACAAGUCUCACAAUGCACCACUAGUACUUUCGAUGUAUGCUCUAAACAAAGAGAUAAAAAUAAACAAAAGUUCACUGCGGUUGGUUCUUGUCAGAUAGAUUUGGGCACCAAACCCAUUACAAAUCAUCAAAAGAAGAAAUGGGAACAAGCCACUGUUGAGUACAUUUUCCCGAAACCUAAUAGCACUGAUGGAUUUGUCGGUUAUCGGUCAGAUUCGCACCGGUGGAACCGGUCAGGUGAACACGAUAAGGAAAAUUAUCAUAACGGGAAGUCAAAGAUCGUAUCUAAUAGUUCUGUCGAUAAAGAGAGCUUAAACCCAAGCCAAAAUAAUCUUGUUCACUCGGGAACAAGACCUCGUCCGUUCGUUCGCCAUAUGCGGUUCUCAAAAUCUGGUCGCCCUCAACGCCGACAACAGACAUCUGGCACCCCUGUAACAGCAGCAAACCGUGGCAUACCUGGCCCCAAAAAUUCAGAACAAAUUUACUCUCCAAACAGUUUAUGGGUUCCAAGUGACAUCAGUCAGGCUGCAAACUUGGCUCGCAUGACAACUCAUGGUCGUUCGGCUCCGGGGAAGCUUAACAACGUGCCUCACCUGAUUCCUAUUCCACUCUAUGGGUCAGUACCCCAGACUUCUCCCUUAUCGCCUUCAUUUCCUGUUGGAUAUCCCCUCUUGAUGAUAUAUCCGACGGGACCUUUAUCAGCACCAGCGGCAUCAGGAGUUUCUGAUCCUGUUUACGAUUAUUCGGUUACCUGUCAAACAUCACAUUCAUCAUCAGUUGGUGUUUCAAGUGUAUCACAACAACGGUCAACUGAUUCAUCAGAAUCUAAUCGUAUAGAACCUCAAGUUUUCAGUCCACCUUUAGGUACUGAUUUAAACAAUGUUUUCUCUUCCUUAUUUCCGGGAACAGCCAUCGCCCAACCUGCUAGUUUGUGUUUCCUUGCAUCGUCGAGUAGUGAUCCUACAAUUUUAAUACGCCAUCAAAUAUUGCAUCAAGUCGAAUUUUACUUUAGUCCAGAUAACUUGGCCAAAGAUGUGUAUCUUCGUCGGCAAAUGGAUUCUGAUGGAUGGGUUGAUGUCAAUGUAAUUGCCAAGUUUAAUCGUGUGGCCUCAUUAUGUACAGAUCUUAAUGAUAUUUUGGAGGCAAUUAGAGUGAGUCCAUUAUUAGAUGUGGAUGUCCCUAAAGCUCGUGUCCGAUGCAAAAACAAUCCAUCGAUUUGGCCCCUUCCUCUUGUUUCGAAUGAAAAACUUCGAAUCAGUUCUAGGAACAACACAGUUCUUAACCCAGAUGCUCCCGAAUUCAUCCCAUCCCAGUCGAUCGCAAACACAGAUCAAACAGAAUCAUCCCUCGAACCUGUAACAAAGUCAGGUGCUACCCCCAUCACGUCAACGCAAGAAGAUUUGAACUUUUCCUUUUCAAAUGAAUUACGUUCUGUCUACAGUAAUCUACCGCCGCAUUCUUCGGCAUCGAAACGCACCCGAUCAAGUUUUUCCGAAUGUGAUAAGUACUCUUCUAUUUAUCAUUUCCGAACAAGAACAUCAUCCACUAACUCGGAAGAUGAUUUGGACGAUUCUAUGCUUUCUUGUUUGUUGGUGAUUGCUCCAAACACAUCUCAUGAUCCUUUACCAUCUAGUUGCAGUAAUUUGGAUGAUGAUUCAAGGAAUGAAAUUUCUAAACCUUCGAAAUUUCCUUCCGUUAUCAACAGUUCUACCGACGAAUCUGUUGAAACUACUAUUGAUGACCUUUGCAAAGCUAUUGAAGAAUCCAAUGUCCAUACUGAAUCGAAUUUCACAGAAUCCAAUCUAGCCAGCGUUAUCAAAGACAAGGCUUCCACGUGUACAGAAAUAUUUUCUACUUCAUCCACUUCCUAUACUACAACCACAACUAUAUGUUGUAACAGUUCUCUUGUACAGCUUGAUGUACCUGUCUCUGAAGUUUCGGCGCACUCCUCCGUCCCAGUAUCAUCAAAUCCACUUUAUUCAGAAUCCUGUUUGCCAUACGUGCAUCCCUCAAUUCCUGGUUCGGUUACGUAUACUGUAAUACCGACAGCUACCGCUUUGCACCCACAGACUGGACUUAUAUUGCCGACUCUCAGUCGAAAUCCGUUUUUAGUACCUUCAACUCCAAUGUAUUACAUUCCUCAAAUUAACGCUUUGCCUUUGGUUUCUCCAGUAGACAAUCUAUUUCCUCAGAUUCCUAUAUGUCAACCAUUACCGUCUUUCCUAAAUUAUGAUCAGAGCUAUCUAUCAUUUCCUGACAUAAAAUACGACCUUAAAGGUCGUUCUGUUGGAUUUUUCCCCGUUUCCAGUGACUAUGACUUAAAAGCAAAUGAGUCAACCGAUUAUACACAACCCGACAAUCCUCCGACUGCGGAAACAGAAAACUUGUCAUCUAGCAAGAAGAAACAUGUUGGGUUUCUUUUUCGCCCGGUUUCUGCUGCUCGUACCCAUUUAGAUGUCUCCUUGAGUGGAGGAUUCCCAGUUGCUCAUCACCCACAUCAUCUUCAGCAAAGGGGUUUCACAUUUCAUGCCUACAAUCAGUUUCGUUCCAAAUGUCUGAAAGACCGAGAAGCUAAAGGGAAAGGUCAAUCACAGGAAAUGAAUACUCUUUAUAGCUUUUGGUCAUUUUUUCUACGUGAACACUUCAAUCGAACUAUGUACAAAGACUUUCGUAAACAUGCAUUAGACGAUGCUAAAGAGAAUGCGAGAUAUGGACUGGAGUGUUUAUUUCGAUUUUACAGUUAUGGAUUAGAACGUCAAUUUCGUAAGGCUAUUUUCAAGGAUUUUCAAGAGGAAACUUUAAAAGACUAUGAUAAUGGUCAUUUGUAUGGAUUAGAAAAAUUUUGGGCUUUUCUACAUUAUAGUCAACGUAAAGUAAAGUUGGAUACACGUUUACAAAGUUUGUUGGAUUCAAAAUAUCGUACUUUAGGAGAUUUCAGAGUGAAUUUUGAACCACCUACUGGCUUUUUUAUAAACAAAUCACGUCGUCGAACCAAAUCCGAAUCAAUAUCAACAUGUCAAACUAAACUGAUAUUAGGUACUAGAACACCUCCUGUUGAAUUUCAUUCAAGUAGAAUAUCUUGAUACUUCAAAGAAGAAAAGAAUAUAUAUAUAUAUAUUAGUUUUCUAAAUUCCAUCAGAAAACUAUUUGUUCUCCAACAACAACAACAAAAGACAAUCUAUUCUAUUUACUUUCAAUUCAUCCUAACAUUAAAUGUUCAUAGAAAAUUGAAUAGAAGGAACAUUCAAAAAGUCAUAUCUGUCACUCCGGUGUUAUCAUUUAUUUGAAUAAAAUUAUUAUUAUUAUGGUCAUCAUUAUCAUGGACUAUUUAUCAUGAUUAGUAUUACUCCUACUACUACUAGACUAUUAUUGUUUUGUAUAUAAUUAACAUGAAUUAUUCUUAUUCUUAACAUUAUUAUUCGCUAAAAAAAGGUACGUUUUUUUUCUCUCUUCUCUUCGGGUAAAUUGUGUAAUUGAUUAUUCAAAUUAUCGUUGACAAUUUGUAGCUUCCUUACUUAAAUGUCAAAUUGUUAUAUAAAUACUCAAAUGAUUUUAAGGAUCAUAAUGGAGAAGGAGGAGGAGAUAGAGUCUAUACACUAAACUAACUAAUUAAUAACUAACAACCCGUCUAAUUUGUUUUCAUUUUAUUCUUUAAUUAAUGAUAAACUAGUCGAUAUCUGUCUUUUCUUACAUUCUGUUUAUUCUAUUUCCUCGACCCUCGAUCCCGUUUUUUUUUAGUUUGCUACUAAUUUAGUUUUAUGAAUAUAUAUAUAAAUAUGGGCUUGGAUUUAUAGUCUUUUUCUUUGUCUAUUUAUAUUCAAUUGUUUUGUUGAAUUAAUUUUCAUCAUAUCAAUAUCAUGAUACUUUUGAUUUGACAACUCAUGAACAAUUAAUUGUUCAUAGUAGUGGUUAUAUUUAGAUUGUGAAUUAUUUACAGUCUAGUUGAAUCAUGGUGUUCCUUUUUUUGUUUGUUGUUGUUGUUGUUGGAAUAUACUGUUUCUUUACCCAUGUGUCUUUAACAUAACCGAAUAAUUCUUCUUUCAUAUAACUUUCUAUUAAUAAAGGCAAUUUGAUUUGAUAUACUAAACGUCACAGUUUGAUGGUGUAUGUUCAUUUUGUUUGUUUUUUCGAUUAUCAUGAAUAGAGUAUAUAUUUCAUGCACUUUUGUUUAAAUUAUUAUUAUUAUACUUCUCAAUUAUUAUGAUUAAAUUUGAUGUCUGCCAUCCAUCCCAUAUCUUAUUCUAUUGUUUAAAAUGCUUAUAAAGCAUACAUCUAAAUACUGCAAUCUGUUGUAUUUACUGUCAAUCCCUAAAUCAUUUUACUUUUAUGUUUCCAUAGACAUUCUUCUAUUUUUUCCUUCAUUUGUUAACUAUCAGCAUAGUUUUGGUGUAGAUAUAUGUUCAUCUAAGUUUCCAUAUUUGAUCAGCACUACUACAAGAUUGAAAUAAGAAAAAAAGAAAUCAAAAUAAUACAGUAGCCAUGACGAAAAGUAAACCUUUGAAAAGACAUAGUGUAAAUGUAUGCAUGUACAAAAGGUGGUUGAGAUUCGAAAUCAAGAUAACUUAGUCAAAAAGUAUUAAUUGUCUGUCAUAAAGCUGUUUGAUGGGUUGAAAAUUGUCAGUAAUUACUGUGAUGUUUUUAGCUAUUCAACAAAUAACAAUCUCUGGCAUUCUCAGUUAUUUUGAUAAAUUCAUGAAAGUGACAACAUUUUCAAAUUAUUCUGAUUGAUUUCAUUAUCAUAUGAAAUGAAUUAUUCGCCAGUAAAUCAAUAAACUGGUUAAGAUACCUUGAGUAGAUGCUUGAUCGACUUCCACCUCUACUGUUCUACCUUGAGAUGACGCCAACUUCUCGAAAAAAAGAUUCUCCUUAUAGGAUUCAACUCUACAAUAACAGGUGGAUAUACUUCACUGAGUGGCUGAACAUGAAGUUGAGAAAAAAUGGAUCUAUUUGCAGUAAAUCUCCAAAUGACUAGUAUUUCGCUUGAGAUUGGGACCCGUGUCUCUUAGUAGCAUAAAUAUUCAUAUUAUUAUCGACCAAUUCAAACUAUUGCAGAAUGUACAUACAUUAGUCAGCUAAUCAAUCCUAUUUUAUGUAGCCUAAUCAACUAACAGUUAACCGCCGACCAUUCUGGUUUUAGAAGAAAUGCAAACAAGAA